AUGGAGCCGGGCAUGAUCGCCGUCGACAACUCGUCGGCAGGCCGCUGUGAUGAAUCGUCUGGGCCGGCCGCGAGUGGCUGUCAACCUCCGCGCUUCGACCUGACGCUCUUCUUCGAGCAGUCGGUCCUCACCGUCGGCCCAUGCGUCCUGCUCCUACUCAUCCUGUUGCCGCGAGCCGCCUACCUGUCUCGUGUCAAGCCCAAGGUCCUGCGGCACCCCAUUGGUGUUGUCAAGAUAAUUGCACAUGCUACUGUCGUCUUGUUGUACCUGGCUCUUCUCGUUACCUGGUCGCGCCAGCACCGAGGCGACACCCCAGUCCCUCUCGUUGCCGCCACGCUCGGCUUUGUCAAUGCUCUGGCUCUGAGCUGCCUGAGUUACCUGGAGCAUCGCCGAUCUGUCCGUCCCUCCAGCGUCAUCCUCGUCUACCUCGUCUUCUCCUGCGCCUUUGACGCCCUGCAGUGCCGCACUCUAUGGCUUCUCGGCCGGCAACUGGUGGCGCCCCUGUUCUCCGCCACAUUGGCCUGCAAGCUCCUUGUUCCCGCCCUCGAGCUCGUCGAGAAGCGUCACAUGCUGCUGCCUCCUUGGGCGGCUCUCGCGCCCGAGACGACAAGUAGCGUCAUCAACAGGGGUGUCUUUUGGUGGCUCAAUGGCCUGCUACUCCGUGGCUUCCGCGCGACCUUGUCGGCAGAUGAGCUCUACCCGCUCGAUCAUGGCCUCAAGUCAAGGCCGUUACUCGGCAAACUGCCAUUCCUCAUCAAGCGCGUCAUCCUUUACAUUCAGCAAGAGCGCCAACAAGGCGACGCGUCGAGGAACGUGGGAUUCGCCCUCGUAGGGGCAACGGGCCUCGUCCAUCUCGGUACCGCCAUCUUGCGUAGCUUCUACCAGCAGAACCUAUUCCGCUCCUUGACCAUGAUUCGAGGAUCCCUGGUCUCGCUCAUAUACGUCGAGACCUUAAGUGCCGGUGCUGCCUUGUCCCGAGACCCAGACACGGCAGCCCUCACACUCGUCGGUCCCGACGUCAUGGCAAUUACGAGAUCCUUCGAGACCUUGCACGAGAUCUGGGCCAACCCCAUCGAGAUUGCUCUGGCCAUAUGGCUCCUGGCCAGAGAACUUGGCGCGGGAUGCAUCGGACCCGCCGUGGCAGUCAUUGUGUGCACCAUCAUCAUGUCGAGACUCUCCACUCACAUGGGACCGGCCAUGAAGGCUUGGAACGAGUCGAUCCAGCGGCGCAUCUAG